GUCGCUCCUCGAACGCGCCUGCGCGCGGGAAGCCCAGGGCACGCGUAGUGGCACGUUUCCAAGGCGGUAGUUGAGGCCGCGGGCCGGCCGAGCCAUGUCGGCGGGGCUGCUGAGUCCGGAGCCGGCAGGGAGCGGCGAGUCUGAUGUCUUUGAAAUUGACCUUCCCAUCACGAUCUUUGUGCUGAGUGAUGAUGAUUUUCUAGAAAGUGAAGACGAAGAGGAGGCAAUUUUGAGUGGUGAUGAUAUUUUGAAGAGUGAAGAAGAAGAGGUGGCCACUUCGAAUGAUGGUGAUCGCCCAAAAAAAGGCAAAGAGGAAAAGCAGGUGCCUUCAAGUGGUGGUGAUGUUCUAAGGAGUCAGGUGCAGCCCCACUUGAAUGAAGAUUAUGUUCUAAAAUGUCCAGAGGAAGAGCAGGUUACUCUGAGUGUGUCUGAGAAAUCAAAUUCAGCCCAAAUUUCUUUAAGUGAUCAAUAUGCUCUGGGCAGUAGCAAACCCAGCCAAAAUGAUGUGUCAUGCCUGUCAGCUCCCAGAAUGGACCCUGGAGAGGUAAAUGGAUGUGUCGAAAGCAAGGAUGACAUCAAUUGCCAAAAGGUUCCUCUUCCUCUCUCAUGUGGUGACAAUAAGGGUAGAGAUGGUCUGACUAUUGAGACAAAUAGGCAGCUGAUUCCAGGAGCAAUUUUUAAAGAUGGAAAGGAACAUGAGACUUCUGCAAUCGGUUCCUCUGACAGCAAUCAAGAGUACCAGCCAGCACUCCAUUGUAAAGAAGCAGAGAGAUGUGUUGAGACUGAAGGUACUGUCCCUUUAGAGAAGGCAAAGAAUAAAACUGAUGACAGAACAAGAAAGAGAAAUGGCUCUACAGAUGAAACUCUGAAUUGUGGAAUGGAUAGCAACUUUGAAGAUCUGAAUGCUGUAGAAGAAAUAGAGCAAGUCCAAAGUAUUUUUUUUACUUGUAUUAAUGGUGACUUUUCUACAGCAGGAGAGUUGCUAGAAGAUGUAGGGGACUUGGCAAUGAAUGCUUGUGAUAAUCCUGGAUUAAAUAUUUCUGAAGAGCUUAUUCAUCAGUCUGUAAUUCCAUCUCCCAGGGAGAUGGAUAAGCGAGAAGUUUGUGAUUUUUCUCAUGUGAUUAUAAAACACCCAAAUGUAAAGCAUCAGGAAGAGACAUUCCUACUAGGUAAUGCGCAUAACAGUGAAGCUGUUUCUGUGGGAUUUUGUUCUACCUACAAGAAUGAGAAGACACUGAAUCUGAAAUGCAGGUUUUGUAGCUCUGUGUGUACAAGUAAAAAUACUCUAAAGAAACAUGUUUGUUCAGCACAUCAAGAUAAAAAAAUUCACAAAUGCUGCUUUUGCCAAAGAAGCUUUUUCUUUUCUGUCAACGUUAAACGCCAUCUUAAAUUUCAUAAGAAAAUGACCAGGUUGAAAAAGACAAGAAAAGGUAGAAGUAUGAACACUGAAAAAGCCAGGAAGGAGACCCCAGCAAAAACACAAUCUGCGAAUAAAAAAAAGGAAAGUAAGUAUGAGAAAUUUUUCAUCAAAAUUGAAAGGGACUGUAAAACUGUAGAUGCUCCAGUUAUUUUUUCUUGUAAAAUUUGUCUCUUUGCUUCACCAGAUCCUAAACUUUUUGUUUAUCAUAUGAAGGGACAUAAAGGCAGACAGCCUUAUCAGUGUCCCCAGUGUAACUAUUCUUGUGUUAGCUUGUCCUAUAUGCUAAAUCACAUGUACUGGCAUGCUGGCUAUAGACUGUACAAAUGCAGGUUCUGUACAUUUUUUUCACUGUAUUUUGCAAGUAUGGUGAAACACAGUUACAUUCAUACAGGGGCUAAGCCGUAUUCCUGUGAAUUCUGCCAGUCGUCAUUCACAAGCACAAGUGGCUUAAAGAGACACACAAAUAUACAUGUUGCCAAAGAAUUGUGCCAAGGGCAGCAACACUUUGGCUUGCCUGUCGAGGGGAAGAGAACUAAAAGUCCUCCAAAGAGCUAUACAUGUGAUCAGUGUAACUUAGUAUUUUACACUAAAGGACUACUCUGCUUUCAUGAGAAAUUUCAUAGCCAAGUUAAAGGCUGUGAUGAGAUGUUUGCAAAUGAGAGUAAUGAAUACAAUAAAAGCAAAGCAUGUACAGAUGACAACGAUUACCAAAAGGACUGGGUUUCUUCUGGUUCUGACAAUAAAUGGGAUGAUCACCUGCUUAAUGAGAAACAUGAAAUGCUGGCUUCAGGAGCAGAACUUGAACAGGAGAAUGAAUUUGAGAAGGAUAUGAAUAUAUGCUCUGGCAAAACAAUGUGCCAAAGCAGCCAGGGAACCAACAAUUUGCCUGUUGUGAGGACUGGAUCAGAAACUCUUUUCAGUAUUUACAAGAGCGAGCAGUGUGAUAUAGUGUUUUGCAAAGAGAAGCAUCUGUUUUUUCAGAAGGUCGCUCAUUCACAAGUUCAAGAAUGUAAUGAGAUUGUUACAAAGGCUCCCAAGGCUGAGGAAAAUGUUAAGUGUAUUGAUGUACAGCCUCCUGUUGGGACUUCUCACAAACUGUUCAAGUGUCAACAAUGUGAUUAUGCCACUUACAUUUUUAGCAACCUUAAGCUGCAUUUUAGAAUACACACUGGUGAAAAACCAUUUGAGUGUAAAGAGUGCAACAAGAUGUUUCGCACCUCCAGCCAUUUGCGGAGACAUAGUCUUAUGCACAUAAAGAAAGGUCAUGAAAGUGGCCAUUGCCAUUAUUUGGGCAGCACUUCAGACAAUCUUAAACUGCACUGUGAAAUACGUAAGGGCACGUGCCCUAAAAGGGAAGAUCUUAGUUCCUCAAAAGACUUAAAGUGUGUUCGUUCCAUAUGCAGCUCAGAAAACCUUCAGAAACAGAUGGAUGUUCAUGAGGGCAAAGAAAAUGAACAUGUUCUACCAUCACAAAGUCUUCCACAACUUUACAAGUGUGAACAGUGUAAUUACAUCACUUAUGUUUUAAGCAACCUCAAACUACACACAAGGAUUCAUACAGGUGAAAAGCCCUACAGCUGUGACACUUGUCAGAAGAAGUUUCGUACUUCAGGUCAUCUAAAUCGACACAAGCUUGUGCAUUUAAAGAUAGAACGCCUUAAGUGUAGGAACUGUGACUAUUCAACAGACAAAUGGCAGUCCCUUAAGUGGCAUUUGGCUUCACACUCGGAUGAAAAAAACCUGGUUAGUAGCAAAGUCAAAGCGCAAUCACUGCUACCUGUCAAAAUAUACAAGUGUGAAGAGUGUGGCUAUGCUACUGCCCAUAGUGGAAACUUUAAGCAGCAUUUGAGAAUUCAUACAGGUGAAAAGCCAUACAAAUGUGACCAGUGUGCUCUUGCUUUCCGCACUUCUAGCCACCUGAAGCGUCACUUACUAACUCAUUUAAAGUUACGCUGCAACAAGUGAGUUUUCCACCAUGGAUAAAUGUGCUCUAGAGAAACAUGUAAAAACACAAGGAUAAAAAAAAUGUACAAAUGCCAAAAGUGCAGUGUAACACUUUCCACCAUACAUCUCUUAGAGAAACAUAAGAAACAGCAUUUAAAAACUGGAAAAUAAAACCAGGAUUUGUUAAAAUUCCUGAGUUACAAGCUUGGAUCUAGGAAGUUUUGCAGUAGUUUGAACUUAUACCUUGGCAGAAGAGCACAAUUUCUUCCUCUUUGCCCUGUAUCCCACCUAUAUGAAAUGCCUUCACCUGGCACUAGGUAAAAUUGACAUGGUAAUGAUUAUGGACCAGACUCUUGGGUAUUCUCACAGUGUAUAGAGUGGAAGUCUGGGGAUGGUGUGGAAUGCUGACAUAAAACACUGCCCUACUGCUAUGAGCAUUACUUCCACUACUGCGUUAAAGAAGCCUCAGAGCUGUUUCUAAAUUAUGUUGGCCUAUAAAAGUCACAAGGGGCUGUUUUAAACUAGCUCAGACUGGAAUGUUCAGACAAACUUCUGCUAAUGCUCAUCCAUUCAGUAAGCGAACGUCAUACCACUGUCCUGUCAGCAAGGAGAGGGUUUGAUGUCAGCGCUCCUACAUUGGCUGUACUCCACUGCUGGGUCACCCUUACACUAAGAUCUUCCCUGUCCCACUCACUUGGGUUUUACAACCAAAAUAUGCUAUGUCUUUCUGAAAAGAAUUUAAAUCAAAUUCUUCUCUUACAAAUCAGUAACCUGUAGAUCAAAAAUUUAGUUAAAAAUUAGUCCUCCUGCAACUACUGAUAUUGCCAUGCCUACCUAAUACUGCAAGAGGAUGACUUAUAAAACCACUAGUUACAAUAAUUGAUUAUAGAAACAGAGUGGGCAUGUUUGUGUGUGUGUGUGAACACCCUAGAAGACAGGUUACUAAUAAGGAUUCAGCAUUGAUGAGUGCUGCUGCAUCAGUAGCUUUUGAGGCUUAACUCUUGAUUUGGACUCUUGAGUAGAAAUGUUCUUAAAGUUUUGUACUGCUGUCCUUCAAAGGCCUAAUCCUGUAAAAUACUGUACCCCCUCAAAGCACUUUGCAAGAUAAGUUCCAAACUGUUUGCAAGAAAUGAAGUAGGAAGUAGAAGAUACAAAUAAUGGAUACCUCCAACCUACCAUUUGAUGUUUGCUUUCCAAGUGUUCUGCUGCAUAUCAGAAAAUCUCCUUCAUUAAGAGGAUUUGAUGGAAAAGCUGUGGAUCUAUUAAGAUCCCUACAGUUUAAACUGUCUCCUUAAAGGAGACUUUACUAGAGCCGCUUGUUUGCGUACGUUCUUUGUUGUUACAGGUCAUUAUCAAUGAAGUGUUUAUUCCAAAUGUCUGUCUGAUUGUGACAAACUUUUUUCUUUAUUUUAGAUGAAGGAAAUUACUCCGUUGAUUUAAAUGCAUUUGGCAAAAUGCUGGUAUAUUUUUCAGAAAUAUUCAAGUUUAUACUUUUCAGUGCCGCUUGUAUCUUUUGAAGAUUCCUCUGUUAGCCCUCUACAAAGGACAAAUAAGAGAAAUAUGUAGUAUGUAUAUUUCAGCAAUUUGUAUUAAACAGUUUAAUGUUUGUAAAAUGUUUUUUCCUAACAUUAGUCUCAAAUCCUAAAAUUUCCCUUUAUGUCAAAGGUGGAUAAAAUUCAGUGUUUGCUGUUAAAAUAUUUAAUUUUGCCCUUGUAGGGAGAUAACAUUACUAUGGUUCCUUCAAAUAUAAGGAACACAAUGGUAAUGUUAAAGAUGUUAAUAGAAGGAAAAAUUGGUAAAUUAAUCUAACUUAACACUUUGAUAUACUGCCUCAAAGGAAUUUCAUUAAAUCAUGUUAUACUGUCUCUUUAAAAUUGCAUGUGCAAGGUCCACUCAAGCAAAGAGCUAGGUCAACAAAGUAUCUAGCUACAACUUAGUAGAAAUACAGCAAGUGGGAGACCUAAGAAUGGAAUUGGGCUUUUUAUUUCAUGCUGUAAGAGUAGGUGUUACUUGAGCAUCUGCAAUGUAUGAUGCUAAGAUUUCCCCAGCACUACUUGCCCCAGGGGAUUUGUAAUGGCAGAACUUUGUGCCUAGCAUCUGUUACAAUUACUGCAAAAGAUUAAGAGACUGGGAAAUUAAAAGAAAAACUCUCUAAAGUAGGGGAUUCUUGGUAUCCCUUUCUUUAAUCUUUUCGAAGCCACAAGACAGGAAAGUUGCACUGCAGAACAAGUAGAGCUAGAAAACAAGAGAGUAUGAAGUAUGGGUACCUACAGUGAGAUCUGGUACAUCUACCAAAUGUAUCUUGUGGUCUUCCUUAUUAAUAUGGAGGUGUAGUAUAGAAACUAUAGGUUUCCAACACUAGCUGUUCUCUUGAUCUGAGGAGAGGGUGGUGGUCUCCAUAUUACCAAAGAGUGUGGCUGCAGUGUGCUCCAUUUUACGGAAUUAGGAGCAGCCCUUAGGCUCCCAUCAAACUGCUUCUAUAGCCUCUGAAUAGGGCACAGUUUGGCCUGAAAGAUAUUUUAGCUCUUUUUUUUUUCCUCCUUCAAAAAGUGCCUGGUUUUCUGUUGAGUUUUUCUUAUUACCAAUGCUUAAUGCUGUAGCAUUUUGGCUCCUAUCAAGCUGUGAAAACCUCUAUUAAGAUGGCCUAUCUUUCCUGAUAUUUCAAUAUAGCACAGAAGUGUGUUAUGCUGGAGAGUCUACGUCUGAAACAUAAAAAGCUUUCUUAAUUUGAUUUAUAAUUGAAGUCACAAAUGCUGAAGAAAGCAGCAAAAAUCACUUUAAAAGGGCAAGUUACGUACUAUACUAUGGGGGGCCCCUAGUGCUCUAUAGGUGUAACUGCACAUGCUCUACUGCUUUUGAUCUUACCUAGCUAAACCUUGUUGAAACAGCAGAAGAGUGAAUGGCCUCUCCACUGGGAAAAAUGUGGUAAUGACAGAUUUUUACACUUUAGUCCUGUUUUUGUAUGCAGUGCACCACAAUUCUUAUUGCCUUGCAUUGUGCCUUUUCCAGAGUAUAGAGUAUUAUAAAAUUCAUCUUUGUGAAAAGUAAAUGGGUGUAGGUGAAUUACAUCAUUUCAUGUAAUAAGUUAUACCACUUCAUUUAUCUGUCAAUGGAGGCAUUUGGCUUAAAAAAAUAAUUAAAAAAUUACAAUGA